AUGUCUACUUGGUUGGACUGGGAUGUGAGAAAAAUUGACGUCUCCACGUCGACGCAAACCGUGCUCUCCAGUCACGAAGCCGGUGUUAAGUCUGUCGUCUUCAGUAAAGAGCACUCGAUCGUAAUAUCAGCAUCGUGGGACUGCACGCUUCAUGUUCACCGCACCAAUGCCGACUCGACGCCGGCGGUCAUUCCCCUCCCCUCGAAACCAUUCUCCCUGUCCCUCUCACCCACCAAGCUCGUGGUCGCCAUGGCAUCGCGAGCAUUACACAUCUACGAUCUCAAGUCCCUCGCAUUACUCUCCGACCAGGCAGACGCCCCACCUACCGAGAUCAACAAGGUCGAGAUUGAACCGUGGCAGCGACGGGAAAGCAGCUUGAAGUUUAUGACUCGUGCGGUCGCGUGCAUGCCGGAUGAUGCCGGCUACGCUUCAUCCAGCAUCGAAGGCAGAGUCGCAGUAGAGUGGUUCGAUCCCUCUGAGGAGUCUCAAGCACGGAAAUACGCCUUCAAGUGCCAUCGACAGACGGUGGACGAUGUCGACGUCGUGUACCCCGUCAACGCUCUUGCCUUCCAUCCCAUCUACGGAACCUUUGCGUCGGGAGGCGGCGACGGCGUUGUUGCGCUGUGGGACGGCAUUGCGAAGAGGCGGAUCCGGCAGUAUCAGAAGUAUCCGUCGAGUGUGGCUGCACUAGCCUUCAGUUCCAAUGGGAAAUACCUCGCUAUUGCCGUUAGCCCUGGAUUUGAGGACGGUAAAGAUGAUAUUCCUCCCGGUACGGUGAAGAUCUAUGUGCGAGAACUUGGGGAGACGGAGGCGAAGGGAAAGGGUGGGAAAUAA